AUGGUGGCGACGAUUGCACCACAACUCUUGGAGAUCCCACUCAUCCUCGCAUGCUUUGGUUUCUCGACUGCAUUGCUGGGAAUCAGUGGCGCUGACAUACGCGUGAACAGCAAUCUCGCAGACUUUGUCACACUAGAAGACAACAAUUGGCUCACCAUCCAGUUGGUCUUACUCAUCGUCAGUGCCUUGACCUUCUUCUUCUCUGCCGUCGGUCUGGUCCUCGCCGGUCGACAGUUUGGCGGUAGACGUGGAGAGUACACUGGCAAAGGAACCAGCGCUUGGAUCCUCAUGGGACUCAUCUUCCUCCUCCUCAGCGGUCUCCUUGCCGGAUCCGCGGGAGCAGUCACGGCAUUUGCCGUCACGCGGAAGCCGAGCUUCAGUGCUGGGUCUGCCUAUUCUGAGCCAUUCGACUUGUCUCAGCAGCUCUACCUGCGUCAGAUCAUUCAGGACCUCGUCAAGGGUGUGCCAGGCUCCCUCACCCUCAUGCAGUCAGGCGGAGCAACCUCCGUCGACUCGUCCUACCUGGGUAUCUGGGACGUCUCAACAUUGGCAGAGGCCAAUGACAACAUUGUGAGAUAUCUCAACGAGUCGACCAGGUGGAAGGCAGAAGUCAUCGUCACCUGGUUCACCCUCGGACCUGUGUUCCUCACAAUGGUCGUGCACUUUGCACUGCCAUUUGUCUGGAAGUGGCUGGGUCUGAUCCGAACCGAGAGCCCAAAGACGCGCAAAAAGUACUACUACGAGAACAAGCAGUACAGUUACAACAACGUCUGAGCUGGGUUUCGAAGUCCUUGGUAUUCAUCUCUCAACCCCUCGACGACGUAGCUGCUCUCUCUCUCACCUUCCGCAAUACCCACCAUAUCCUUCCCCUGCUUCCCGUACCUUGCAGAGCACCCACUGUACUUUUGUUGCCCGCUUUCUCCUCUGGUCCUUCACGGUCUCUGUCCGGUCGCUUUGGCUGCUUCUUGUAUGGAAAGUAAAGUGCUUCUCGCUCCUACGACCAAAUGUACAUCGCAUUGCUCAGACGCAUUCGCUCGCGCUGCCACUCUUUCGGACACGAUUGUGGUAUUGAAUUUCUGUGAUGGCGUGACCUAAAGGUCA